GACCCCGACCCAACCUCCCUGGCAAGGCAGGGAGGGACUGGGCAGGUGACACGUCACCAACGCUGAUGCCACAGGUUCCCCUUCCAGUCUGGGGUUUUUUUCGGCAUUUUGGUUCAUGAACAGAACACCCUAUUUAGCAACGGAGGAGACAACCCCACUGAACCCGCUUAUUUUUAUUUUCGUGCAUCAGAUCGCCGUGCCCUUGCAGCUGCGGCGGGGCGGGGGGAGUGGGAAGGCUGGUUUGAAGGCAGGGGAAAAAAAAAAAAAAAGCACCAUUUCCACGGGGAGCUCCGGCUCCCGGAGGGAUGAAACGGCUCCCGGCAGGGAGCGGGGAGGAGCGGGGCAGAGGAACGAGCGGGGCGGCUUCCACGGCUCCCUCGUGGUUACGAGAGAGCUGCUCUGGCUGUGGAGGAGCGUGCCCGUCUGCCGGGGGGCGAUCCCAAACCGCUGUGCCGGCUGUAGGUGCGGGUUCCAUGUCCUGCCUUGAGGCAGGAGCCAUCAGCCUCACGCAGCCGGGCUGGGAGAAGUUCCGUGGGGAGGGAUCCGGGAGCCCCGAGAGCUGCUCUGAGUCCUUUGUACCCUGCUGCUGAGCAAGAUCCACGCUCCGGGCUCAGGGAUACUGCUCAGCUGCUUCAAGCCGGCCGGCUGCGGUCAGCCGUCAGCUUUGAAGGUGAAACAAAGUUUAAUCAGGGCCUGAAGGAUAAGGAAGGCCUGACUCAAUGAAUUGUAGAAAAGCUUUUAUGAGACUCAGUGAGCAUUAAAGUGGAAGAAGAAACUCAACUGUGAAGUGAUGGAGUUUGGGGAAGAUGAAGAGAACUUAAUUUCCUCAUUUCAUCCUAUUUUCCCAUCUAAAGCUGCUGUUACUGCUCAGGAACAAGACCUUUGGAUGGUGACAGCCCAAUGGAAAGAAGGGCUUUUAAUUGCCAUGAAGGACUUAUGCUGCACAUUUAUCCUCACCUUUAGGAUUUCAGACACUUCUAAUGGACUCAUAACCACAGGACAGUGAUGGCACAGGCACAGCAGGAUUUUAACAGUGGGAAGAUGCUGAUGGACAAAAAUGAAACUUGGCUCUCUAAUUUCUCCUCUGCUGCCUCCUCCUUUGUGAGGAGAGGGAUCGGGCUCCAGGAGGUGGUCAUUGGCCUGAUCCUCACCCUCAUCGACCUGAUCACCCUCCUGGGAAAUACCGUGGUCUUCCUCUGCCCCGUGGUGGAGAAGAGGCUGCGCACUGUCACCUACAUGUUCAUCAUGUCCUUAGCCAUGGCAGACUUCCUUGUGGCCUGUCUGGUCAUGCCCUUCAGUAUCAUUUAUGAGGUGACGGGGAUGUGGCUGUUUGGGAGGCUUUUCUGCAAAGUCUGGAUCUCCUUUGAUGUCAUGUUCUGCACGGCAUCCAUUGUCACACUGUGCUUUAUCAGCCUGGACAGAUACUGCUCCGUGGUGACCCCCUACCACUACUCCAGAAGGAUGUCCCGUGGCAGAUGCAUUGUGAUGACCUGCAUGGUCUGGGUGUAUUCCUCCCUCAUUUCCUUCCUCCCUGUCAUGCAAGGCUGGAACGAGAUCCCCGGGGUGGACUUUGAUGCGGGCAGGGAAUGCAUCUUUGUCACCAACUGGAUUUUUGCCAUCGUGGCUUCUGCCCUGGCGUUUUUCGUUCCCUUCAUGGUGAUGUGCAGCAUGUAUUUCUUCAUCUACCGAGCUUCGCGGCUCAAGGCCACCCGUAUCAUGUCCCAGACCCUGGAGAUUCACUACCACCCCAACAGCAAGCGGCAGAACCACCUGCAGCUGGAGAACAAGGCCACGAGGACCAUCAGCAUCAUCAUCUCAGUCUUCGUGCUCUGCUGGCUGCCCUACUUCGUCCUGAACGUCUGGCUCGCUGCCAGGGGCACUGACUCCACCAGCACGGUCCUGGUCGACACCUUCAAGAUCAUCACCUGGCUGGGAUACUGCAACUCCACCAUCAACCCAAUGCUCUACGCCUUCCUGAACAGGGACUUCCAGCGGGCCCUGAAGAAGCUGUUCAUUUGCAGGCACAGGUCUCAGGUGGACAUUGGAGAAGACAUGGUUUCCAUCGCCACCUUCUCCAAGACCGCUCCAGAUCUGGAAUACAGCACAGCGGUGCCGGUGCCCAACGGUGCCCUGAAGGGCAAACCCAAGUCAUAGGGAUGCAGGGUCAGUCGCUGGAGGUGGUGAUACAGAAAGUGCCAGAGCACAUCCUAAUGGAAAAACAAUGGGUAGCAAAAUAAGGGAAGGAGGGGCUGGAAUACUGCAGCUGUGGACAUACAACAAAGAUGCAUUUCUUAACCUUCCACAGUUAUAAGAAUGAGGAACUUUGAUAUUUUCAGGACAAUUUGUGAUACUAAUAGAGUUAAUUCCUUCCUGGGUAUUUUUUUUUUUCAAUGAGCAUUUCCCAAGACAAAUUCAACCAUAAUGUUGGGGAAAAAAUAUCAGUAUGAUAAUGUGAACUCAUCUUCGUGUGCAUCCUGGUGAUCUGUGUCAGGUGGGACAGUGUUUCUUAUCAAGCCACCGUAGCUCUCAUUUCACAACUUCAUUACAGACCUGACCAGUUUCAGUAACUCCACCUGUAUCAGUCUGGGUGUGGGAACUAGGAGGGAUGUGGCCAAAGAGCAGAGCUCGCUUGUUACCGAGGCACCAGUCCACAGCCUGGGCUGUUGCUCAAGGUUCAGCUCUGUUGCUUCUGAGAUAUUGAGAGGUUUAGAGCUUUCUGAGGUGCUCUGUGAAUUAUCUGUGAGCUAAUUCUGGAAGGGAACAUCUUAUGUGGCAGAGCCCAGGACAUGAGCAAGACUUGCUGUAAUGCCAAGAGCACUGAGUGGCCAGGAGUUUCAAAGGGGGGCUACAGGUGGCUGAUACCACCCAAAGAAAGGACGUGAAGAGGAAUCAUUACUCGUGUGUUUUGCACUGUGAUGUCUAUGGACCACACAGACAUAAAAAAAAAUCAUGAUAAACGGGAACCACAAUUUUUACUACUUCCAAGUGCUUGUCUGGACUUCCAACAGCUUUUCUGUAGCAGGGUGACACGAGGGCUGGUGACCCCUGAGACAACAGCCAUCGCUUCCCCAGCACAGCUGUGGUGGGGUCUCACACUGGUUUAUGUGGGAGGGUUGCUGCACUCAGAGCCUGCUCUUAGACUGAUCUUCUGUGGGCAUGAAACACUUCAAAGAUGGUUUCUGAAAUACCUCCUUCUGAGUGUCAAUCACUUCCUUGGGACAGGCAAGGCUUCUGCAGCCUGGGAAGCAGAGCAAGCACAGCAGAAAGAUGUCCAGGCUAACAUUUAAUGCUAAAACUACCAGACUGAGGCACUGAGAGGGGUGAAGAACUUAAUUUUGCUGAAAAAUUAAAAAAAGGGGAGGAUAAUAUAAGUUCUGAGUCCUGCUCUUCCACCUCAAAGGUAGCUGAGGACUGUCCUCAGAGGUGUAGCAAAAUGCAAGUAUGUCCUGCCUGGAGCAGCUCAGCUACUGAAAACACAGGUACAAGGGUCAGGAGUUCUCUCUGAAGAGUAUGGUAGAAAAAACAGCCCUGACCUGGGGUUGCAACACUGGUUCUCCUGUCAAAUGGCUCUUCAUGGAGUGGGUUAGGUCUCCCAGAUCCUAUGACUACAGUAACAACAUGGAAGUGAUCUCUCACUUACCCAGCAAGCUGACAUUUACAAGCUUCAAAAAACCCCAAGAAACCCAAAAAAACUGACAAUGGAGCACAACAUUGGUAAGCACAGUAGCUGGACCCGUCCGCCUCGGAAAGUUAAGGUCACUGGUCACCAUGCACAAGAGGAAAAGCCUUUCUGGCUGUUGCCCUUGUUCUCUAUGAACUUGCUCCUGAGCAAGAUGGACCUCAUUGUAACAGGAAGCAAGAGCUGUAACGAACCACCAAACAUCCCAAAUCCACAUUUGAUGCAAUGAAGGUCAUCAGUUAUGGGAAGAUUGGGCCUGAAGCUGAGUGAGACUCACAGCUAAGACUCACUACAGGAAAAGGAACAGCAAUUUUUCACAAAGUGCUUUGGGUGAAAAAGCAGUGCAGAUACAAACAAAGGAAGAAAUAAUAAAAAUGCACCGCAUGGUUCCAGUUCUUGAAUGAAAACCAAGCUGGUAGGCUUAAGGUCACAAGCUAUAUUUGUUGCUUGAGUUCUUGGAUAUCCUAGUUCAAUAGUUUCUCUUACUUGGCUUGACAACAGAGGAGCUUUGUAAAGAAAUUAAAGCCUCCAUUCAACUGCACACAUUCGGAAGACUGCAAUUUAUUUUCCGUGAUUCAGGGGGUCUGUACAAGGCUGAUAAAGAAGUUGUGCUGCUAAUUGCAAGGCUUUCUCAAAACUGACAGGAACCUCUUGCCAGUGUUUCACCCAGUCAAUAGCUACUUUAAACAAAUGCUCCGAGGAUAACCCAAACACAUAAAUACCUUGACCCUCUCCAUCUGUGUGCUGAAAGGGUAAAGCAGCUCAAAGAGAAUCAGUCCCAGAGAAAAGAUAUCCACUUUGUGCGAGUAGGUGUUCCCACAGAUCUGAAAAGGCAAAAUCAGGGUUAGGGCAAUCAAGCUACUCACUGCAUGUCAUUAUGUACCAGGUAAACAGCACCCUUUCAAGGCCACCUAUGGAAGUGGUCAGCCCUGUGCAGGGCUGAAAGCUACAGCACAGGCACGUUGGCAAACUUCAGCAGUGAGCAUCAGGGACCAAGAUCCUGGUCUGAUCCUCAGCUCCUCUCUGCACACCCAACUGCAAAGCAACAUGUUUCACCUUACUUAAACCCCAUGUAGGAGGAGUGUGUCCUCCUGCAAUUAACUGGAAUGUUACACAGUUACCCUUGUACGGCAUUCAAAGCAAGAAAAAUGAUUACAUCAAGUUUGAAUCAUUAGCCACUUUUUUUGCUAUAAUAAAUAUUAUAUUAAAAUACUGGUUUUGGAAUUCAAUUUAUCUUAAAACUCUACUUUGAUGAGGAAGAAUUUAAGUGGCUUGACUGCAACAAUUUACUAGGAGUGCCUGAUCUUUGAGCUCCCAGGAACUCAGGGCUCUUCCAGGCAUUGCCAAAUACAGCUUUAAAGCAGAGAGCACAAACCUGUUCCGGGCUCAUGUAGAGUUUGGUCCCUACUUGUCCUGUGUGCCUGGCAUAGGCUGGCAUUGGGGUCAGUACUGAUUCCUCCUCCUCAUCUUGGUCCAUAGCAGUUACCAGUCCAAAAUCCCCAACCUUUACUAUGUCAUCCAUUGUGAAAAAUAUAUUGGAAGGCUGAGAAAACAAAGAAGUGAAAAGAAAAAAUGAGCACUAAAGAAGUGUCCGUGUUUCAACCAUUACAACACUUGGUUCCAAUUCAGAAGCCAUGCUGUCAGGGCUAAAACGACUCAUUAAACUGCUGAAGUGUAACAGCUAAGAAUUGUAGCUACUGAGGAAACACAAAUUACUCCUGCAAUUAAACACUGUCCCUUCCUGAAACUCAAAAUGCUCAUUUCUUGCCAUUCAGCAGAGGUUUACCAGCACCACACAGGUCUGCUGAGGAACAUACACAAGAGUCAACAGCUGCUGGGAACAGCAGAGAUAAGUUAUCCAGCUCCCCAUCACAUGGCACAUUCACACCAGAUGCUGCAGUUCUGACUCCUGGUCUUUCUUAUUCUAAUCUCGAAGUGCUAAACUCGUUUGCUUUAUUAUUAACCAGCGCACAGCAUGUCAUCCUAACAUUAAAUUAUAGAUAAUGGAAGCCUGGGAACAAGGUCUGCUUUUCAGCUGCAGCGUAAAUGUGCAGUUUGACUGGGGAGAAGCUGUCAGCAUUACAGAAUUGAAAGUUUAUUUUUGAUAGAAGCUUAAGGACUUUGCAAUUCACAAGAGCAGCAACAGUGAUGAUCUGGCUUCGACUUUCCUUUAGCUUGUUUGCUACGUACCACCAUCCUUGGCUUAACCUGAUAAGAGACUGGAAACUGAGAUGUCCCUUUGCUAAUGGUCCAUUAAAUGGACCAUUUAAAAACCAGAUGGUUUUUCAAAAGAUUUGCAUCCUGGCUGAUAGAACAGCACCCACCAAAUGAAUGAUUAUUUCUUUGAAAUAAAACCACUCUGCCUCUGUUACAAAUACAGAUGAACACACAGUUUUGAGGAAAGAAGAGACUGAUCCUGCAAGCGGGAGGAAACAGCAGGAUAAGGUACAGGGAAAGGGCCAAGGUGUGGUAAAGAGGCAGGUGGUGCUGGGUAAGGUCCUCUCAGAGCUCCUGGACCCUCCUGGGAGAACACGGUCUGUGUUUUGCUGACACAAAUGCUGGAACAGGAGGAGGCAGACAGAGAGAGGGCAAUAUUUUUCCACAAGAUUAAGGGACUACAAAACUGACCUAUUUCAAAGCCCAUCCAACUUCUUCAGUUAAAAGACAAACCCACUGUGUGCAAGAGAGAAAUGAGAUGGAAAAAAAGGUUUCUUGGCUUUUUUUUUUUAAGCAACGGACAGCUCUGAGAUAAGCACUGCAGAAACAGCUCCCCAGUGCCCACAUCCUGCCUCUGAAACUGCCUUCUGAGCCAGGUCUUAUCUCCCCUAUAUUUCCCUGUAAUGAAUGUCAAACCCUUCAGAGUCACAGCACACUUGAGGCACAAAAGCUACUACCCUGUAAGCCCACAGGACCCCCAGGCUCUUGCUGAAGCAUUUGCACAGCACCCACCCUCCGACUGCACAGCCAUGCUGGCAAACACCUUUGCAUCAGAAUUUUAAUGCUCAAGGAUCAAACGUCUCCAUUAGGGGUUUGUAUCCCACUGCCUUGAUCCCCAUUCUCCUCCAACAAACACAGAAGAGUUCAACAAGAUCUGUCUUGCUUCAUGGAGGAAAAACUCUUCUUAAGAGGAAGUUUUAUUUUUAUACUUCUCUGGCUGGACACAGACUGUCUCUGAAUAGGUUGGCGUAUAGUUUCUACAAUUUAAGGAGAAGGGACUCUCUGCUGUUGCAAAGUACCAGCAAAAAUAAACCCUCAAGGUCUCAUUUGGAAAGAUGAAGUCUAAGGCAGAUGCACACAAUUUUGAUUUAAAUCAUCAGAAGACUGCAUCAAAUAUAACCACCCUCUAGUUUAGUUAUCUUGCCACUUGCACAAAGAAAUUUCUCUCCAUAUUCUUCAGUCAGAGCAAGAACUCUCAUCUUUUCACAGACAUGAAUAAGCUUCUCACACAUCUGGAAGACUCUGUUUAAUUUAAUUAAUGCUGUAAAAUGUAUCCAAGACUGUUCUUGCAGUUCUAUGAAAGUGAUAAUUUCUUUUGAGCUGCCAAGCAUGACCGACAGCUUAUCCUGGGAACAACAUUAAAUUCACUUGACAGACGGA